GAAGAAAGUUGCUAGAACAAAAGGGAAAAUUGAAGCCGAAUUAUUGGAUCAUGAAACCGGCUAAAAGUUCACGAGGACGCGGCAUCUACGUUCUUGAUGAUAUUGGAGACGUGUCAUACGGAGAGCUCAGCGUGAUUCAACAGUACUGCUCUUGUUUUUAUGACAAUCGGGGGAAACGGACGUGAACGACAAGCAAGAUUCGAUUAUUAUUCUAGUCAUUCAUAAUCAUAUUGUUCCACUGUCACUGUGAUUAAAUAUAUAUAAAUAUAUUCAAUACUGUUCUGUCUCUGUCACAAGCAGGUACAUAUCCAACCCGUUAUUGCUGGAUGGAUUCAAGUGGGACUUGCGGUUGUACGUUCUAGUCACGAGUUUCCAACCAGAGCUUGAGGCUUACGUCUACAAAGAGGGGUUUGCGCGUUUCGCAACAGUCCCUUUCACGAUGCAGGACUUUUCUCCCCUGAUUCACCUGACCAAUACCUCUAUCCAAAGACACAACGAGCACAAUCAGCGGCACACGCGCGAAACCAUGGUUGGCGGAACCAAAAUCGAUCUUCGAACGCUCCGGAGCAAGCUGCAGUGUCUCAACAUCUCGUGGGAUACCAUUUGGCAUAAGAUGGUGGAUUGCAUAUUGAAGUCGCUUUGCGUCGCGCACGACCACGUUCCUGCCAACCCGAACGCUUUUGAGAUCUUUGGUUACGAUCUCAUGUUCGAUGCGAAUCUCAAUUGUUGGCUUAUCGAGGUGAAUGCUAGUCCGAGCCUCGGAGUGGAUCACUUGAUAGACGAGCAAGUGAAAACGCCGAUGAUUGACGACACAAUCGACCUCGUGCAACCAAAAGCCUUCAACCGAGAGAAGUUGCUGCAGGUAGUACAUUACAAGUCUGAUGUAUCAAAACCUGUUGCCUCUCUACUUGCUUCGCUGAAAGAUUAUUUAUGUUGUUGAUCAGUGUCUCACACUCACACUAAAAACAGUUUUAGAUGAUGACACUAACACUAGUACUAGACUCUUCCUUGUUCGCAUGAAGCUGUCUCGGUAUCCCUUGUCUAGGUGCUCACACGACGGAGUCGAGAGCUCAAAACGGCGAAGAACCCGGGUCCGCAGCUGGCGGUUGAUCUUGCUGCAGUAUUGGACAAUGAUUUAGCGAAUGCGGAGCCUCCACUGGGCAAUUACCAGCGUAUCGCGCCCUCUGAUCAUUGGAGCCAGAUACUCAAGCUGAAAAGUCAGCUUUUUCGUUGAGGAACGACGAACGUCUCUGUAAUACAGAGCCAGUAGAAGACGAAGACGAGGCCCAAGAAUUACACGACAAUUCUUCAUCCGGAACACGCACACAGCAAUAGCGAAUCCCACCAGCUAUUAGGUCUACUUAGAUUAAAUUGUAGCAAAGGAGAAGUUAUUCCACAACAAGACCAAAACGACGAGCAGGGUGAUAUCCAUGUAGUUACCGCGUUCAUAAUGUCAUCGGAUGACGCUGAGCGCCUUCUUCAUAUGGUCGAGGCGCGAAUGCGCGGAACAUUGCUAGCUGCAUGCGGAACUGCAUCAUCUUCUACUAGUACAAGUGCUGCGACCGCGAUCCCGCUGCAGCGCUCCAAUUUUAUUCAUGCAAGAGCGGGAGACGGGGCAUUGACAGUUUCCACGAGUUGAAUAAACGGAGAAACAAAACGAACGAGCCUGUAAUUUCUUGUUAGUAGUAACAUGAACAUGUUGCGCCACAGCUCCUGUGCAUAUCUAAUGACGACCCCGGAGAUUCGUGGUGAUCCGGUGCUCUUGUUUGUCAUGCGCGUCGUUCACAUAUUUCAUAUACUACAGUGCUAGAGCUAGUCGACCACGGUCACGGAGAACAACGAAAAACAAAAAAUCGUGUGCAAAAAGUACCAAGUUGUGACCGCUCCCACGGGCGAAACAUAACGAUCAACGUGAAGCUAGAAGGGCCAACAGCUCGCCUUUUUGCAGGACUGAAAGUGAUGCUAUCGAUGUCCAUUUGCGGAAUGGAUGCGCAAGAGUUUCAAUGGGAGCAUGCUUACGCACAGACCCUUGGACAUGCUUGCUCGUCUUUUACGGGUAGAGGUAGAAAUUGCUGACGUGGUCGUACAACAGAAGAGAAUAAACUUCGUUCGCUAUUAAUUUAGCUCCUCCACCCUUUGUGUUCAUCUGGCACUUAAGUAGUAAUAUACUAUUGUAAUUGUUUGAGUCUUUACUGCAUGAUCGCAUGCUGCUCGACAGGCAAUGCUGAUAGCGUUAGCGCCCCACCUUAGACUUGAUAUUAUAUCAGCCCGAAUUGAUGCUGAGCCGGCCUCAUUUCGAAGUGCUGAUAGCCUGUAUGGGCCUCUCGCUCAAUUGUUGUUGGCUUCUUUGUUCUGUUAGAUAUUUUCCCCUCGUCACUAAACUAGCUUCACUGAUCUAGAUCUAUGAUAUUUUGACAUAACGUUCGUGUCGAGGUGGUCAGUGUUGUCGCAACGAAUGGCGAUUCAUCGGGGGGCACGCUUUUGUCAUUCCACCUUGCAUUAAUUAGCAUCUUGUCAUGGCUUUCCAUGUCGACGUGAAGGACCAGGAUUCUAACUUUUUUUUGAUUGAUUAAGUAUGCUAGUGCUGGCCGCUUCACUCUGAUAGUCAUUUUUGUGGGGGAGAAGAGAACCUUGUUUUUCUCUUGGGAGAUGAACUUCGAUAAAAAUGAGUCCACUGUUUUUUGUGUGAUAUAUAACGGUAAAGCCUGGACCUGG